CACAGUUAGUUCAACAACAACCAAACGGUGCGGUGAUCCCCAGGUCUGGUCAAGUUAGUUGGUUGAUUGGUAAACAACGUUCCGCCUCACGAUCAGUGUGCGUGUAGAUUCGCUAGCGUGAGGAUCGCGUUGUUACCGACUAGUUAGUGAAUGGCAGCAACUUUCGUCCGGCCACAUUCAGCUCCGGCAGCGCCCUAAGUAAUUUGAACACAUAUGAACGAAAACGUCUCGCUCUCCAGCAUCCCUCAGAAAAAUGUUACUUGGCGUGAUACGAGGGAACGAUCGUAAUUAUAUACGCUGAUUGGAAUCUGUUUCACAUGUUGCUAUCAAUUAACUACUAGCGUUCGGUAAAUAACUUGUGUCUAAUAGCCUUAGAACGCGUCUCCCAGCAUCCGAGUUCUCGUGUGGGUGAAGAAGAUUCGUGAAUUAUUUCGAUAAACAGAUAGCGGUUCGCGGUUUCGGAUUCAAACCGAAUCGUAAAACAAACCUGUUUGACGGCCGCUUACUUCUAAGUGGCAUCCGCAUCAAGAAGAGUGAGGAGGAUUCAACCGAUCCUCCUUGGACGGCCUGCGACUGACUGUGAUGACAUAGAGGUGUAGUCGUUGACGUCAGUCGAUUAGAAUAGAUACCUCCCUAUCAGUUACGGUUACGUUCACCUGUCCCAUAGUGUCUCCAUCUAGUCCUAGAGAGUAAUGAUUUUCCGGUACCUCCUGGCAGCUGGGCUGCUUUGCCAUCUAGUCGAGCGAAUAAGGACCCAAUAUCUGCAGUCGCCCUGUCCGGACAUCUUCACAUACCAGACGGAUCCCAGUACCAGGGCGAUCUUCGGCUAUGUGGAGAUCAACAAUCUUCAAAUUGGCCAAGCGGCCAAACUCAACGUCGAUCUGUCGAUUGGCACCGAAUUAGCACCGGGUAACGUUGGAUCCGUGACACUGGUGAAAUCUCGCGAGGCUACCUUCAAUGACAUCCUGCACGGGCAGCCGGCCCAAUAUCGUGUAAACUUUCCUCUCCAGAAUCUGAUACCGACCGUGCUGUCGAUAGCCCUGAAUGGACAAACCAUUUGCACCGGAAAUCGGGCCCAGGGUCGUAUUGUGACGACCAUCAAUCUCGAGCACACGUUGUACACUCAGCUACAGUCCGGCAAUGUUGCGGGCAACAACUUGUACGGCAUGACACCGGUGGUCAUCCAGCCCGUGCAGAACACGCUAUCCCAGCAGAACUACAUUCGGCCCUCCGGACCGACGAUAGAGACAGCACCGCAAUAUCCGAUUCAAUUUCAGCCGCAGCCGCAGCCACAACCGCAACCUCAACGGCCGCCGACGCAAGUGCAGUUCCAGAAUACUCCGACUAGACCGCCGCAGCAGACAACAGUCACUGUGGCGCGACCGCAGGCAAUCCGGACAACGGUUGCUCCGCCAGUCUCUUCUUCUAAUGUGGUUUGCGGUAAGGCCUCCGGCAAUUUGUUGAACCGGCUAUCGAUCAAUGGAGAACGAUUUGCCAAAGGUCAGUAUCCUUGGAUUGCGCCACUUUUCGAUCUGGCGAACAAGAACAGCCCGAAAUACAUUUGCGGCAGCACGAUCAUCACCAAGAAGCAUCUCAUCACGGCUGCUCAUUGCGUGUACGAGAUAGACGAUUUCAUACCGUCCAGUCGUCUGAUAGCUAUGCCCGGUAUGUACAACAUAGACAACUACUUUGAUGAGAACGCCGUCUACUCACCGGUGGACGAAAUCAUUCCGAACAGUGACUACAUCCAGGAUGACGACCUGAACGAUGCGGACGUUGCCGUGUUACGACUCAAGAGAGAGCUGGUCUUCUCCGAUUACAUCAUUCCGGUUUGCUUCUGGCAAAGCGAGAACGAUCUUUCGAAAAUUGUCGGCGAAGAGGCCAUCGUAGCGGGUUGGGGUAUAACCGAGAGCGGCCCGACGUCAGUUCCAACGUUCUUCAAGUCGACCAUCGUCGACCGGAGGCAGUGUAACGAGAACCUUCUGCGGAUGUAUCCCAGCAAUUCCCGGAUAUUCUGUGCAGACGGGCGAGGAUCAACGCCAUGUCAUGGAGAUUCGGGCAGUGGGCUGGUCAUCAAGCGAGGCAACCAAUACUAUCUCCGGGGAGUAGUUUCGAAGGGACAAGUCGAUCACAACACGCUCAAGUGCGAUGCCACCAAGUUCGCAAUUUACACCGACAUUGCGUUCUUCCGGUUUUGGAUCAAAAGUGUCACCUCUUAGAAUAAUCCCUGGACUCGGAGAAUUCAAUCCAAACAAGACUUAUCGUUAGCUAUUGAUAGCUUAAACCCAGGAGGCAGCGUAGCGGAUGCAGCACAAAUAAAUAGUACCGAAAACAAAAAUACUUGUGACAAAGACAAUUUUUAAACGUUAUUUAACUAGGCAUGUCUACGUAAGAUAAGCAUGAUGGAAAGAUCAAUAAAAACCAGUUAGCUCCA